AUGUCGGUCACCGUGCUCAGCUCGCAGCCGCGGGUAUUAUAUCAUUCGCUUACAUGGCCGGAACCACCAUUCUUACCAUUCCCCAGCCUUGCCUCCGCCACGCUCCGGAACCUCAGCGCCCUUGAAGGGACCCAAACCGCCCACAAGCACACACCACGAAGCGGCAGCAUGAGACUAACACGCCCCUCCGAAACCCGCAGGUUCGGGUUGCUGCAAAUAGCCGGGGAGGUCCACCACAUCCCCGAGCCCCUUGCGGACGCCGGCGGCGAGGCCAAGACGGAGUAUUACUCGGGGGGCACGCUCGACGCCAUCCUGUCCGAGAUGGUGAUCGUGGUGCCCUGCAAGGACGAGGAGGUGUCGGUGAUCCGGGGCGUCAUCUCGGCCAUCCCGGCCCCGUGCCUGGUCAUCCUGGUCUCCAAUUGCCAGCGGGGGGGCGACGCCGACGAGUACGCCCAGCAGGUGGCCAUGGUCAAGGCGUUUGGCGGCGAGCGGAGGCUGCUGCUGGCCAUCCACCAGAAGGACGCCGCCGCCGCCGCCGCCUUCAAGGAGGCCGGCAUGCCCGACCUGUGCGGGGCCGACGGGACAAUACGCGACGGCAAGGGGGAGGGCAUCAUCCUCGGCGUGGCCCUGGCCGCGGCCUUGUGUCCGGGGCGUCGUUAUGUUGGGUUUGUCGACGCGGACAACUUCCGGGCCGGGUCGGUGAAUGAGUACUGCCUGGCUUUUGCGGCGGGGUUUGCCAUGUGUCCUUCGUCCCGCGAUCGAGAGGAUACCAUGGUUCGGUUGAAGUGGGCUUCCAAGCCGAAACUGCGCGAUAAUGGGCGUGUUGAGCUUGUGAAGGAGGGAAGGUGCUCCAGGAUCGUCAACUCCUGGUUGAAUAAACUGUUUGCUUCGGGCGACAAGCAUGGGACCGAGGCUAGAAACACCAAUUUUAUCACGACGGGUAACGCCGGCGAACAUGCCAUGACAAUGGGCCUUGCUCUGAAGCUGAGGAUGGCGGCUGGGUACGCCAUCGAGCCGUAUCACUUUGUUGACUUGCUGGAGCGAGCUCAUUUGUCUGUUUCACGAGUCACUCAGGGGAGAUUCGCUUCCAUUCUCGGUAGAAAGGGAACGCUGUCGCAAGACACUCUUCAUUCAGAUGCACCUUAG